AUGUCGUCGACGUUCGCGACGUGCGCCGCGCGCGCGACGCUCCCAUCGCCGCUCUCCUCGCGUCGUCGCCGCGACGGCGCGCCGCGCGCGUCGCGAGCGCGCGUCGCGCUCGCGUCGUCGUCGUCGUCUUCGUCGUCUUCUUCGCGUUCCGACCGCGACUCAAAGCCCGAUCGCAAGUCAGACGCGAUCCCUCCGCUCGCGAAGGCGCAAGCGCCGUCGUUCGACGAGCGCCGCGCGACGGACGACCCGGACCGCCCGCCCGCGCCGAUCACGCCCAACAAGCUCGGCGUCCACGCGCUCGUGUUCACGGGCGCGUGGGACGAGCCCGCGGCGACGCUCGCGUGCGCGGGCGCGAAGCGCGCGGGCUACGACAUCAUCGAGAUCCCGCUCCUGUCCCCCUCCGCCGUGGACGGCGCGAUGACGAAGCGCGUCGUGGAGGCGCACGGGCUGCAGGCGACGACGUCGUUGGGGCUGCGCUUCGACGCGGACGUCUCGAGCGCGGACGACGAGAUCGCGGCGAGAGGCGAAGCGCUGUUGAACGACGCGUUGGAGAAGACGAUUCAGAUGGGCGGCACGCACAUGUGCGGCAUCCUGUACAGCGCGCUGGGGAAGUACGAUAAGCCGGUGACGAAGCGAGGGUACGAAAACUCGAUCGCCGCGAUCAAGCGCGUCGCGCGGAGAGCGAACGACGCCGGCGUGAUCCUGGGUUUGGAGGUGGUGAACCGGUACGAGACCAACGUGCUGAACACCGCCGCGCAGGCGAUGGAAUUUAUAUCCGAAGUGAACGAAGACAACGUGCGCGUGCACUUAGACUCGUAUCACAUGUGCAUCGAGGAGCGGAGUUUACGGCAGGCGGUGAAUACGUGCGGGGAUAAGCUCGGGUACGUGCACGUCGGGGAGUCGCACCGCGGGCAGUUGGGCACCGGGAACGUGGAUUUCUGUCGGCUGUUUUACGGCCUCGCGGAGAUUCAAUACCGCGGACCCAUCACGUUCGAGAGCUUCAGCGGGAAGGUCGUCAGCGAGGAUCUGUCCAACACGCUGUGCGUGUGGAGGGACCUGUGGGAGGACAGCGACGCGCUCGCGAAGCACGCGAGGGAUUACGUCGAGCGCGCGAUCGAGGCGGCGGCGGGGGCGCACGACAACACGCGCGUCAUCGUCGGGGAUUGGUUCUGAUGAGGAAUAUCAUAGCGGUCGCGGCGCGAGCGUUCGAGUAGGUAGAAACGUGCUCGUAUCGUAUGACAGUAUCGUCG